UAUAAAAGAAUGUGGUAUGCAAAGGAGAAGGCAAUUGCUUCUGUUUACGGGGACUGGCAUGAAUCCUUCGGAUGUAUCAAUGACAUAAUGCAUAAUAUGGUUCACGUAAAUCCGGGCUCAUUCUGGCAUGCGGAAGGCGAUGAUGUUUACAUUAACGGGAUGCUUCAGCCGAAUAUUAGAACGUUCGUUAGAAUGUUUUGGACUUUUUUUCCGAUGGUUGCUGGAUUUCGAUUCUGCAAACCUGUUCUGUUUGUCGAUGGGACCCAUUUGUAUGGGAGAUACAAGAUGACGAUGUUGAUACCGUCAGCGAUAGAUGGAAACAGCCAUAUAAUGCCAGUAGCGUUUGCAAUUGUGGAAUCAGAAAGUACUGAAAGUUACGAAUAUUUUCUCGGGCAUUUACGGGAACAGGUCAUUCUUGGACGGAAGGUUUCCAUUAUUUCUGAUCGCCAUGCUGGCAUUUUAGCAGUUCUGAGGCGUCCUGAAUGGGCUGAUGUUCCGCACAAAUUCUGCAUAAGGCACUUGGCCAGUAAUUUCAAUACUCACUUUAGGGACAAGUCGUUGAAAAAAUUGAUGGAGAAAGCAGGUCGGGCAUAUCAGAAGAAAAAAUACAAAAGAUAUAUGGAAGUCAUGAGGAUAAAAAGCCCAGAAGGUUAUGCAUGGUUAACCGACGAGCAUCGACCGAAAGAAAAAUGGUCAAGGGCCCACGACCAUCGAGGACAGCGCCACAACGUGAUGACAACAAAUUAUCCCAAGUGGUCACUGGGACGAACCACAGGACCGGAAGAUGAGGAAACACACAUACUGUCAACCUUAGUCAAAAAAAAUGCACGUGCGGUAAGUUCCAGCAGCUGAAGUUGCCUUGCUCUCAUGCGAUUGCCCUGUGUGCAAAGGAGAAAUUAAACCCUCACGACUACGUCAGCUGGCACUAUGAAACGAAGAAUGCAAUCCAAUGUUGGGACACCCCUUUCAUUCCAUUACGUGACCGCGAGCGCUGGAGGAUUCCUAACAUGCCUUCUUUCGUUCCAAAUCUUCAAUGGGAAAGACAGAGGGGGCGAUCGGUUAAUCGUCGCUUCAGGA